AUGUCGUCGACGUCUGCACCAAAGGAUGACAUCGACAUUGGGAUGCCGCAGAUAAACGCUCCGGACUCUCCCAUAAUACAGAGGGUCCAGCGAGGAUUAUCUGAACCACGAAGCCUGCCGUCAGCCUCUUCCCAACAUACCCCAGCUCCUGAUUUGCCCCCUGUAAAAUGCACUUGGUGUGGGCUAGAGUUUCCCUCGGAGUCAACAUCAGCCAUUGGCAACCCCCUUGACAAUCUCAAGCAGCAUAUGCGAGAUGACCACCCAGAUAUUGCCAAAGACCUGUUUAACAACUUGGUCGCAGAAGAGAAUCUGACUCCAUCUCUUGAAUCAGACCAAGGGAGCCGUCUUCCAGCUGCCUCUCAGAGUGAAGGCACACCCAAUGUUGAGGAAGAGCUGGAACGCCAUUGGACCAUGCAUGAUGUCAGAAAUUUUACAGAAGACUACGAGGGCAAGCGAGAUGAGAUCAAAUCGCGAUGGGAGGGUUCAUUUGAUGGGUUUGAGCGCCCGGAGCCUUACGAGUCAGCUUCUACUGCUCCAGGGAAAUUCUUGACUCUCACAGAUCCCAAUAUAUACAUCGAUAUUAUGAAGGAUCCCUCAACCCUCUCGACAAAGGAGCUCUAUGCAAUCACAGUCAAUGCAGCUCAUGCACUCAGGGUCUGGCAGGAUGAACACAUGGCUCUUGAAAAGCUGAUAAAACGAGCUACCCGAUCAUCACUCAAGAAGACCUCGAACCCAAGAGAGCUUGAAGAUCCACAGGUGUUUGAGGAUAAGAAGGAAGCAAUGCUAUAUGGCUAUAAACAUGAUCCAAAAAUCAGCCAAAUUGGAUAUCAGGACCCCUUCGCUCAGGGUGGCUUCAUUCCUACUGCCGACCAGAUGCGAAAGAUGAAGUUAAGCGGCACAGAGCCCUGGAAAAUGAACCGCUGGGCCAACGUCAAGGAAAAUGGGGUAGAGUGUGUCCCCAAACUUCGUCCACCGCCCGUUAUUAAGCCGAAGAAGAGAGCUCCCAACGUGGCAAAGGCGGACGCCGAAGCCAAAGCCCUUCUGGUGCCUAAACGUGUAACCCGAUAUGGAGGCUCAAAACCUUCAUCGACUGGUGACACAUCUCAGGCUCCUUCUGAACCCAACAGCCCCGGUGACCAUUCCCGCUCACACUCUAGACACGCUACACCCCAAAGCAGCGUUCCAACUCCUGCACGGAAAUCUGCACGGCCCUUAGCUCAAGCCCUGUAUGCAUUAUCAACCAGCACCCCUCGCAGCGCUCCCGUCAAAUCGCCUAAGUCACCAAAAUCUCCGGCCCCGACAUCAGCUGGAACAUCAAAAGCCUCCACGCCAUUCUAUCCGGAUCCCCUUCAAGAUCCGAAAAAUCAGCUCAAAAUCAAAAACUCCAAACAUCCCAAACGUACGGAAGCCAUGAUUCUACAUUGGGCUAAAUUCAAUCAGGAAGGAAGAACAAGAAAUCCCAAACGAACCAAGGCCCAGAUCGAGGCCGCACGGGUAGCUGAACGAGAAGCCAGUCUCGAUCCGUCAGUUGGAUCAUCAGCGAGCAGGAAGAGAACUGCCGCUAACUCCACAGAGAGAGCAGAUAGCCAACCUCCUUCUAUCAAGAAGAUGAGGCGAGAUGUAACUGGCAAGACUGAGCCUGUCACACCUAUUUCUGAGCGUGGGGAAGGGAAUUCGUUUCAUUACCAUAUGCAUACGGCAUCUCAUCGUUGA